AAGGACAUUGAGGUUGUCCCGAAAAGUCUAUGUUCCUAAUUUUGUACUUUGGCAAAACCAAACCUACUUCAUAAAAAUCUACGAAUGCCCCAUAUGAUCAGUUCCAAAUCUCUUUCUCUCUAAGUGCAAAAAAAGAUAUGUCUUCAAUAGUUUCUGGUACAGUUCCAACCACCAAAUCUUCUGCUUGUUUCAGAAGAAUCCAAAAGUCUGCAACUUUUUCAUCUCGGUCAAUGUUGUUAUCUUCUUCCUCAUUACCACCUGCAUCUGCAAAACUCUUAAACUCUGCCAAUGGUUCUUCAUCAAGUUCUUCAUCUCCUAAACCCUUUAGACCCGUUAUGCGCAGCAGAGAAGCUGAUAAACUCGAAGAAGAAAGACUUCUCCACGUACAAUGGCAAGACGUGACGGUAAAGAUGGCAGUGGAUGCACCAGCUUCCGUGGCUUACAAGUUAUAUGCGGACCGUGAAUUGUUCCCUAGGUGGAUGCCCUUUUUGUCAUCUGUUGAGGCAGUGGAGGGCAGUCCAGAUUUAUCGAGGUAUUUGGUGAAAUUGGAAUCUUUUGGAAAUAAAUUUGAAUAUUAUUUUCUCGCAAAAAAUUUAGAGCCAAUCCAGGAUCGAAAGCUGCAUUGGAGAUCUAUUGAAGGCUUUGCGAAUAGAGGCAGUGUUCGAUUUUUCCCUAGAGGCCCUUCUUCGUGCUUGGUAGAGAUCAACUUUUCAUUUGAAGUUCCACAUGCUUUUGCCCCAGUUGCAUUCUUAAUGAAACCGUUUAUGGAGAGGCUUAUUCGUGGAGGAUUGGAACGUUUUGCUGCCUUCGUGAAGACCACUUAAGGCAUAAACAAACAUUACGUUCUGUGCAUUAAUCCAAAUAAACUGUUCUUUUUAUGUAGUGUGUUUUGUUUUUGCUUUUUGUUGGGAGGUAACAUGUCCAAACAUGAUGUAAUGUUGUUCUUGGUAAAUUUACUAUUUAUCAAAACAAUUAUUUGUUGAAUAUAAUUCGAAUGUAUACGUUUUCAUUACUA